CUGAUGCUGAGGGGUAACGAAAAAAAUGUAAGAUUAUGGAAACGGAUCUGAGGGUAGUAGGCCUUGAUUCGUCGACAAAACGUAUUAUUUGGAGUUCUGUCUGCCAGAAUAAUGAGGAAGAGACGGCAUUGGACCCUUCGAAUUAAUGUUUUGAUGCAAUGGAGAAGUGAGAGAAUUUGAAGACUUAUAGCACUUGACCCAAUGGCGAAGAAAGGGCGCCCCAAAGGCGAAAAGCCUGAAGCCCUCAUCUCUGCCUUACAGGCAGCCAAUGAAGAUCUCAGGUCCAAAUUAACUGACAUUCAAAUUGAAUUGCACCAAGAAAAAUGCAAGGUGAGCAAGCUGGAGCGGGAUAAGACGCAGGAGGCCAAGCGAAUCCGCGAGCAGGAACAGCACCGGCACACAGCCACGCUGACGGAGCAGCGGGCCCGCUGGCACGAGGAGAAGCUGAAGGAGCAGGCUGCGCUGCGCGAGUCACUGACGCGCCAGCAUGAGCAGGAGCUGGCCCGUACAGCCAAGAUCAAGGACGGCGAGAUCCAGCGGCUGCGCACGGCGCUGGCCGCCCUGCGUGAUGGAAGCAGCGGUGGAGGCAGCAGUGGUGAGAAGGUGCGCACGGCCCUUGCGCUGGAGGCCCGUGAGGAGGCACGACGCUUCUUCGACCAGGAGCGUGUCAAAUUGCUGCAGGAGAUCACCGAGCUGAAGGCGUCCAAGAAGCAGACAGACGAGGCGCUCAGCACCAUGAUCCAGGCAGACAAGAUGAAGGCAGGUGACCUGCGCUCCGAGCAUCAGGCACACCAGGAGCAGAUCAGCAAGAUCAAGUGGGACUGCGAGCGGGACAUUCGGCGCCUGGUAGAUGAAAUUAAAGCAAAAGACAGAACCGUUUUUGCCCUGGAGAAAGAGCUGGAGACCACGACAGGAUUCCUGCAGAAGCUACAGCUUCAGAAGGAUGCACUCGAUGAGCAGCUUUUUCUUGUCAAGGAGGCAGAAUGUAACCUGGGCAGCCCUAAACGAGAGAUCCCAGGCCGCGCUGGUGAUGGAGCAGAGCAUUGUGGGAGUCCGGAUAUGAGGAGGAACCAGAGACGUAUUGCUGAAUUGAAUUCAACCAUCCGCAAAUUGGAGGACCGUAACACAUUGCUGGUCGAUGAAAGAAAUGAGUUGCUAAAGCGAGUGCGGGAGGCAGAGAAACAGUGUAAGCCACUGCUUGAGAAAAACAAGCUGUUGAAUAAGAAGAAUGAUGAACUGACUCAGUCUCUCCACCGCAUGGAAGACAAGCUCAAGAACUUGAACAAGGAGAACAUGGAGAUGAAAGAGAAAAUUAGUUCUCAUCCACCACUGAAGAAGCUGAAGUCCUUGAAUGACUUGGACCAGGCUCAUGAUGACCAGGAGAUCGAGUUCCUCAAGCUGCAAGUUCUGGAGCAGCAGAGUAUGAUUGAUGAGCUGACAAGAGACAGAGAAAAGCUCUUGAGAAAGAAGCGGCAUAAACGAAGCCGACCGAUCAAGAGACAUAUUGUCGUGGACACAUUCUUUGGCUAUGAUGAAGAGUCAAUGGACUCCGAGACCUCCUCUGUGGCUUCAUUACGCAUGGAUCGUACCCCAGCGACACCAGAGGAAGAUCCAGAUGAGGGGUUGGCCACUGAAGAGUCUGAGCUGCGCUUCAGGCAGCUUACGCGGGAGUACCAGGCCUUGCAAAGAGCCUAUGCCCUGCUGCAGGAGCAGAAGGGUGGCGUCCUGGAUGCUGAGAUGGAGGCCAAGGCUCACGAGCAGCUCCAGUCUGAUGUUCAGAGAUAUAAGGCCAAAAUUGAAGACCUAGAGAAAGAGCUCACACUUAAAGGCCAAGACUCCAAAUGGGUAGAGGAGAAGCAGCUGUUCCUCAGGCGCAACCAGGAGCUCCUAGAGAAGGUGGAGAAGAUGGACAGUGAGAAUGUACGACUGCAGCAAGAGCUACAAGACUCUAAAGACCAGAAUGAGCUACUCGAGUUUCGCAUACUUGAACUGGAGGAACGAGAGAGGAGGUCGCCACCCUUUACACUUUCAAUCCACCCUUUUUCAGAGGGAGUGAGUGCCCUCCAGAUCUACUGUAUAAAGGAAGGAGUGAAGGAUGUCUGCAUACCUGACCUCAUCAAAUUAUUAGAUAUUCUGGGCGAUAACGGGAAUUUAAGGAAUGAAGAACAAGUGGCCAUUAUCCAAGCGAGUACUGUCCUAUCUCUAGCUGAGAAGUGGAUCCAACAGAUUGAGGGCACAGAGGCAGCACUCCAUCAAAAGAUGAUGGACUUGGAACUAGAGAUGGAGAUGUUCUGCAAGCAAAAAGGCUAUUUGGAGGAGGAGUUGGACUACAGGAAGCAGGCCCUGGACCAGGCUUAUAUGCAAAUCCAGGAGCUGGAGGCCACACUGUAUAACGCACUGCAGCAGGACAGGGUGAUCAAGUUCGGUGAGCCGCUGAGCGAGCUGCAGAGAGACGAACUGCGCAUGGCCGUGGAGAAGCUCCGGCGACAGAUGCUCCGCAAGAGCCGCGAGUAUGACUGCCAGGUGCUGCAGGAGCGAAUGGAGCUGCUCCACCAGGCCCACCAGAGAAUAAGAGACUUGGAGGAUAAGACAGACAUCCAGAGAAGGCAGAUUAAAGAUCUGGAGGAGAAGUUUUUGUUUCUGUUUCUAUUUUUUUCUCUUGCUUUUAUCCUUUGGCCUUGAUGUCUGUGACAUCUUCUGCUGAGACUCUGAGACAACCAUGAAGUCUUGCAAGCAACAGCAGUUUUCCUCUUGUAAAGACAAGAACUGUGCUAGUGGCCACUUUUUGUUGUGUGUGGGUGGACAUGGGAAAUGUAGUGCUGUGGUAAUG